AUUCAUGAGUUCAUAAUGAUACUUUAAAAUAUUAAUUGGUCACCAUUGGAGUAUUCUAGUGAACUACUUUAUUAUUCUGAGAAUUGGUCAAUAAAGGGAAAGAAUGAAGUCUUUGUCUUGCCUCUAAUUAUACCAAGGGGUGAUCAAAUAAUAUAUUAGAAUGAAUGUCUCCUUAUAAAAGUAUUUCAUCUAAUAAACAAAAGAAGCAUAGCUAAUAAAUAGAAUAAGAAUAUCACUAUUUGUAACUCCUCUUAAAUUAAUGGUCUAGGGAUUAAUCAUUAACGGUUACUAGUAUCUCAAAAAGAAGGACAACCAGAUGACACGUACCCCCUGAUAGAACAUCAAAAUACCACUAUGAAGAAGUUUUCCCCCACCCCAAAAAAUACUGAAUGUGGUUAAGCCUCUAGACUUAAUUACCAAUUUUUAGGAAAUACAAAAAGCAGAACAACAUGUUUAAUGACAACACAUGGAUGCCAUCGUCAAAAUCCGGACAGUCAGAAACUCUACUGAACAAAUGACAUGGUUUCGUCUACAAAUAAAUUGCAAAGAACAAGAAGAGAGAGUAAGCUGUAGACUUAAGAUACAGCAACCAGUCAUAAUGUAUGCCUGUUAUUUGGCUACUGAUUCAAGCUAUACUAUCAAAAACAUAAUGUACAGCAUUUGAGAUAACUUUUCAUGUUCACGUAGUCACAUAGUUCAAACCCAAACCUGUGCCAAGGAAAUUAAAUACAUUUGCUACUCUCCUCCUGCCUAGCUCAGACCAGCAAAGGCCAUUUGACAAGAUCAGGAGACUGAGGGAGAGACCUGAGAUUUAUCUUAGGCCCAAACUGUAGUGUAAGUGGUAAUUGACAAAAGCAACGUUAUAGAAAUAAUAUCACCACAACGAUAAUGUUUUUAUAAAGAGCAGGACAUUUGGUAUACCAUUUUUCUUUUACAAAAAAAUGUAUAAAAUAUGGAAAUCUGAAAUCUUCAGUAGAACCAAUAGUGACACUCCUAUCAGCUUUCAUUUGAAUGAUACAGUGAAACACCAGUAAGUUUCCCAGUAGUGUCGGCAUUAUUUAGAUAGUAAAGUGAGAAAAAAGAAACAUAAGUGAUCGAAUGGGCUGUUUAAUUCAAAGCAUUACUGAGGCUAGUCUCCAUAGGUAUCCUCCAAAGGAAUCUUCUUAGGAUUCUGGAUAAUCUUAAAACAGCCCUCGGAUAUGGAUUUGCUUCUUAGUUCCUGCAGAGUAAAGGUUGUUUACUAUUCAGAAACUUUAGAACUUCCAUUCUAUCUGGGAUUUCUGGGGUCACAGUAGUGAUCCAGACUUCUGAAGGCUGUACAUCUGAAGCAGCAUGAUUUCCAACUAAGAUAUUCAGAUGGAGAAUUGAUCUAUGCCUUUCAGUAUAACCUCUCCUGAUUUCGUGGCUCAUUGAUUCAUGCCUUUUCAAUUAACCACUCUUGAUGAGACCUUUGUUCCUAGCCUGGAAAGCUGUGACCUUUCGUGAUGGACCUGGAGCUCUGUAAGACCUUCUCAUUCCACAACACUGCCACAAGUAGAUCCUGGGUAGGACAAUCUUGGAGGCAUCAUUGGUCUCCUAAAUGUAGACAAAGUCUUCACUCCCCGACACCCUCUCAAAUAUUAAGGAAGCAAGCAAAUGGAAGCUGGGCCAGAAACAGCCAGGACCAGAGUGUCUGAAAGUUAAGGUGGUUGCACCUGAAAUCUGAGACUAUACAGGCCCCAAAUGUAGAGGUGCCAGGGCUGCAGCAAGAAGAGCCAGAGCUGCUAGGAAGUGGCUUGGACCAGCAGGCAGUAGUAUGAGGCAGGACUGUUCUGAGGCUGGAUUUUUAUAGCAACAACACUCUCAGGCUAUUGAACAGCAGGGAAGUAGUAUGCUGAAGCUGGGACUCUUCCUAUAACCCUCAAGAGGGAUGAAGUGGUCCUGAGUCUUAGAUACAAAACUAUUCAAUGUCUAAGUCAAUAAAGGAUGCAAUUAGGAAAAUGAAUAUUCUACUCAGGAAUAAAAGACUGUUUAGGGAGAAGGAAAACAAAUGGAACUUCUAGAAAAAAAUAUAUAAUUAUUGAUAUAAAAAAUGAAGAGGUUACAGAAUAAAUUAGAAACAGGUGAAGAGUGUUUGUGAACAAAAAGAAAACUACAUCUAGACGUAUCUUAAUGAGGCUGCAGGACACCUAAGGAAAGAUCCUGAAAGCAGCCAGAGAGAAAGGACAGAUCACCAAAGGAACAUCAGAAUGACAGAAGAAUUCUCAACAGCAAAACAGAUGAUGGGCAUAAGAAAGCUCGAAAUGCUUAUCUCAAUAAUUCCAAUUAUGAAGAAGGAGAUGAAUAUUUUGAUAGAAACUUGGCACUCUUUGAGGAGGAAAUGGACACCAGACCAAAGGUGUCAUCUCUCCUCAGCCGCAUGGCCAAUUAUACCAAUCUAACACAAGGAGCAAAGGAACAUGAAGAGGCGGAGAACAUCAGUGAAGGGAAAAAGAAGCCCACCAAGAUCCCCCAAAUGGGUACUUUCAUGGGUGUCUACCUCCCGUGUCUACAGAAUAUUUUUGGAGUGAUCCUGUUUCUACGCCUUACAUGGGUGGUGGGCACAGCUGGAGUUCUUCAGGCCUUUGCGAUUGUCCUUAUCUGCUGCUGCUGUACAAUGUUGACUGCUAUCUCCAUGAGUGCCAUUGCCACUAAUGGAGUGGUACCAGCUGGGGGCUCAUACUUUAUGAUUUCCCGGGCACUGGGCCCAGAGUUUGGCGGGGCUGUUGGCCUCUGCUUUUACCUUGGUACCACAUUUGCAGCAGCCAUGUAUAUCCUUGGUGCCAUUGAAAUUUUUCUGGUAUACAUUGUACCCCGGGCUGCCAUCUUCCGUAGCGAUGAUGCACUCAAGGAAUCAGCAGCCAUGCUAAAUAACAUGCGUGUCUAUGGCACAGCCUUCUUGGUCCUCCUGGUAUUGGUGGUAUUCAUCGGCGUACGCUAUGUGAAUAAGUUUGCCUCACUUUUCCUGGCCUGUGUCAUUGUGUCCAUCUUGGCCAUCUAUGCUGGAGCCAUCAAGUCUUCUUUUGCCCCUCCGCACUUCCCGGUCUGCAUGCUGGGUAACCGCACCCUUUCAUCACGACACAUUGACAUUUGCUCUAAGACCAAGGAAAUUGGCAACAUGACAGUGCCAUCAAAGUUAUGGGGCUUCUUCUGUAACUCAAGUCAAUUUUUCAAUGCUACCUGUGAUGAAUACUUUGUUCACAAUAAUGUUACUUCAAUCCAGGGCAUACCUGGAUUGGCUAGUGGUGUCAUUACAGAGAACCUUUGGAGUAAUUAUCUACCAAAAGGAGAGAUCAUUGAAAAGCCUUCAACCAAAUCUUCCGAUGUCUUAGGCAGCUUAAGCCAUGAGUAUGUCCUUGUUGACAUCACUGCCUCUUUCACUCUUCUGGUGGGAAUCUUCUUUCCCUCUGUCACAGGUAUCAUGGCUGGAUCAAACAGAUCUGGAGAUCUGAAAGAUGCUCAAAAGUCUAUUCCCAUUGGCACUAUCCUUGCCAUCUUGACCACCUCCUUUGUCUAUUUAAGCAAUGUUGUCCUUUUUGGUGCAUGUAUUGAAGGCGUUGUUCUCAGAGACAAGUUUGGGGAUGCUGUGAAAGGUAAUCUGGUGGUGGGUACCUUAUCUUGGCCAUCCCCGUGGGUGAUUGUUAUUGGCUCCUUCUUCUCAACAUGUGGGGCUGGACUUCAGAGUCUCACAGGUGCACCGAGGCUACUGCAGGCUAUAGCCAAGGAUAACAUCAUACCCUUUCUCAGGGUUUUUGGUCACAGCAAAGCCAAUGGCGAACCUACCUGGGCUUUACUUCUAACUGCUGCCAUUGCAGAGCUGGGAAUCCUUAUCGCCUCCCUGGAUCUUGUGGCCCCAAUUCUUUCCAUGUUUUUUCUUAUGUGUUACCUCUUUGUGAACUUGGCAUGUGCCUUGCAGACAUUACUUCGAACACCCAACUGGAGACCCCGGUUCCGCUAUUACCACUGGGCCCUCUCUUUCAUGGGAAUGAGUAUCUGUCUGGCUCUGAUGUUCAUUUCUUCCUGGUAUUAUGCCAUCGUAGCUAUGGUAAUAGCUGGUAUGAUCUACAAGUACAUCGAGUACCAAGGAGCUGAGAAAGAAUGGGGUGACGGUAUCCGUGGUCUGUCCCUAAGUGCAGCCCGGUUUGCUUUGCUUCGGCUGGAGGAAGGACCUCCACACACUAAAAACUGGAGGCCUCAGUUGCUUGUAUUACUGAAACUGGAUGAAGACUUACACGUCAAGCAUCCUCGCCUCCUCACCUUUGCUUCACAGCUUAAAGCAGGAAAGGGUCUUACUAUCGUGGGCUCUGUCAUCGUGGGGAACUUCCUGGAAAACUAUGGUGAAGCUUUAGCUGCUGAGCAGACCAUAAAGCACCUAAUGGAGGGAGAGAAAGUGAAAGGAUUCUGCCAGUUGGUGGUGGCCGCCAAGCUGAGAGAGGGCAUUUCCCACCUCAUCCAGUCAUGUGGCCUUGGGGGCAUGAAGCAUAACACAGUGGUGAUGGGAUGGCCUAAUGGCUGGCGCCAGAGUGAAGAUGCUCGAGCUUGGAAGACUUUUAUUGGCACAGUUCGAGUGACAACUGCUGCCCAUCUGGCCCUGCUAGUGGCUAAAAACAUCUCCUUCUUUCCCAGCAAUUUGGAGCAGUUUUCUGAGGGCAACAUUGAUGUGUGGUGGAUUGUGCACGAUGGGGGGAUGCUCAUGUUAUUACCAUUUCUACUUAAACAGCACAAGGUGUGGCGAAAAUGCAGCAUACGGAUCUUCACAGUAGCCCAACUGGAAGACAAUAGUAUUCAGAUGAAGAAGGACCUGGCCACCUUCCUCUAUCACCUGCGCAUUGAGGCAGAGGUGGAAGUGGUGGAAAUGCACGACAGUGACAUAUCAGCUUAUACUUAUGAGCGCACCCUGAUGAUGGAACAAAGGUCCCAGAUGCUCCGGCAAAUGCGACUAUCCAAAACAGAGCGGGACAGAGAGGCACAGUUGGUGAAAGAUCGGAACUCAAUGCUACGAUUGACCAGCAUUGGCUCUGAUGAGGAUGAGGAGACAGAAACCUAUCAGGAGAAGGUGCACAUGACUUGGACGAAAGACAAGUACAUGGCAUCCCGGGGGCAAAAGGCUAAGUCAAUGGAAGGAUUCCAGGAACUGCUUAACAUGCGUCCGGACCAGUCCAAUGUGAGGCGGAUGCAUACAGCAGUGAAGCUCAACGAGGUUAUAGUUAACAAGUCCCAUGAAGCAAAGCUGGUUUUGUUGAAUAUGCCAGGGCCACCUCGAAACCCUGAGGGUGAUGAGAACUACAUGGAGUUCCUAGAAGUGCUCACUGAGGGACUAGAGCGAGUCCUCCUUGUCCGAGGUGGUGGCAGUGAAGUGAUCACCAUUUAUUCCUAAUCUACUCCUGAAUGACUUUACAUGACCUCACCUUUCCUAAAAGGCUUCUAACCUCCAUGGAAGAGCCAGCUCUUUACCACCACUCCCAUCAACUAGAGGCCUGUGUUCUGUAUACAUCACACCGAACUCUUGACAAGCUGAGCCUCAAGUACUUGUGCAAAAAAGUACAAAUAGAUCUGCUCUUUGCUACCACAUGAUCUGCUGUCCUUACAGAAGCAAAUAUUCCCUCAACAUCAGAACAAUGGUCAGGUCCUAAAAGCCAUGUCUGUACCAGUUGAAGGCAAGUUAGGAUUAACUAGCUAAAUCAAUAAAAUGAAUUGGCAAAAGGGAUGCUAGAAAUUCAACUCAAGACAAAAAGCAAGUACAUAUCCAGCAUUAAAGAUGAGUCUCAGAAGUCAUGAUUCAAUAAUGACACCAUGGGGGUGACAGCCAGAGACACAGCCUCAUCAUAACUCAUGACCAAGUAUAGGGGACCUAGCAUUCUUAUGGAGGUAACCUGUGGCAAGCCAAGAUGAAAAACUUUUUUAGCUAAUUUUCUUUAGUGCAUCCACUGCUCUCUAGAGCUCUAAUUUUAUAUUAGGGUACUAAUAUAAAAAACUAAAACAUGGCUGCAGCCUCUACUUCUUCCUCCAAAACAAGAUUCCCCCAAAAUACCAGGUUUAAGUACACAUAUUGUGUGGUGUAUAUUUCAGCUGUUUCUCAAAACCCAUUCUGUGGUUAAGAUUGUAACAUAGACAGUGUUACCAUGGAAAUUAUUUUUUAAAAGGUGGAGUAAAAAUAAUUUCUUUCAGGUUCUUUUCAAAUGGCCAAACUAAGGGAACUCCAAAAAGUAGCUAUUAAGAUUUACUGAAAUACAGUCUGUGGUUACCUAUGUGACAUGGGCAAAACAUACAAGCUGUUACUUAAGAAAAACAGAUGCUGGUGCACAGUGACCAAUAGGUUCUCCUUUCCUUCUCCCUUUUAAUGCCCUCUGGGUUUGUAGGCACAAGUCCAAAAUCAUAGGAACAAACACUAGGAAGACUGGCUAAAAUCCUUCCCUAAGAGCUUUAGACUGUCUUUUAAAGGGAGAAUCCAGCAAUGGAAUUCAAAGUUCUAGAGCCAUAUUCCUUCCAGAGUGCCAAAGUUACUGAGCUGCUGCUACUCUCCUUAACUAUGUCACUUAACUAAGUGGCAUACAGUUGGCAUUGUCCUAAUUCAAGAAAGUUUUCUUUCACUAAGAAACCUGUGGACUCGUUUCCAAAGCCAUAGCAAAGACUUGAGGCACCCACCUAAAUGCCCAGAGUAUGAGCAUUUUUCUUUUUCCUUCAAUUUCAUUCUUCAUUCUGCCUGCAGAAGCUUGGCUCUGAACUAAGAAAUUAUCCAAGCCAAUAGACUUCUGCUGUUUCAGUUUUGUUUUCUGAAAGCUCUAAAUGUGUCAAGGAAAUACUUGUGCAAGCUUAGCUUUUUAUUUACUAAUUUACUGAUUACAAAACACCUGGCUUUCAAGCAUAGGGAAAACUACCCUGUGUGGCAGAGUGGUAAUUUCAAAGAUAUGAAAUCUUUCUUUUACAGGAUAGCUAUAUAGAAAAACUAUCUUGCCUGUAUUCAUGGCUGCUUUUCAAUUUCACUAUAUUAUUUAUAAAUAGUGCCACUCUUUUUUGAUUACCCAACAGGAUAUGGGGCAAGCUGACCUAUGUGCCAGCAGACUGUUCAUUUGACCCUUAUGGACAAAGGAGAAAUAUGGCUUAAGAAAUUGAGUUAUUUUGAUUUUGCUCUUCUUUCAACUUCCAGGCUCAGUCAGGGUAGCAAAGCAGACAAGAUCUGUCAGUCUUUUUUUCCUGCUCCUUCCUGCAGAAGGUAGAAGCAUUGUUUACAACUUCUAUUGCAACACUCCAUUGCUUAGUUGACCAGCAGUAGUGGGACCGGUCCCCUAUGACCCAAGAUAUCAAAGACCCAUGCUCUAAAGGUCAGCCUGCCCAGGAAUUCCUCUACAUUCACACACACCCUCUGGCCCAAGUGAUAAUUAUAUGUACAUUUUCCUCCAUAUAGAAAAAAUAUGAGCAGAAAAUAAAGUUAGUUUUACAAGAGCUUUUUGUGGUAGGAGCUCUGUAAGAAUCCUUUAAAGGGAUAAAAGAAUUAGUGGCUACUAAGAGAGCCACUACUUCAGCCCCUAAAACACAAAAUCACCAUUACAUUGGGAAAAUGGUUGUUAGGCCAGACUUAAAGUCAUCUUUGUCCUGAGCAUUUCAUGUUUGUGUUGCUUAUGUCUGUCUUUAAAAUGUCUUGUCUCUUAAUCACUGCAAAUAAAGCAAUACCGAAAACCUGAGACAGAAUGCACCUUAGGGGAAGGGGCUUUGUGUUUCAAGAGGGAAGAGAAAGGAAAGACUUCCUCCUGCCUUUUGAAUAAGAUCUAGCUUUUAAGUCUUGGCUAUGACUUUACCAGGGCAGGUUAUAAUAAUAUCCAUUCUCUAACUGCUGGACCUCUGCCUUCUAUAGCUAUCUUAAAAGCUGACGUUUGGAUUGUGCAGCAUCUGUUUGACAGGUGCCAGGUUCCUCUUGGCAGGGGAAAGAUCACUUUGUAUCUUCCGUUGCCUCAGAUUCCUGUGGUCCCAACAAUCCCACCAAUCUUCAUUCCCCCUAAAUGUGUUAAAAAUCCAUUAUUGUGGAUAUUAAAGUAGCAGUUACGCUGUAAGCCUAUUUUUGUGCUCUUUUUGUCUGGUUUAUUUUUCUUUUCAUCAUGUAUAAUCUGAAUCCAGCAUUAGUUUCUCACAUCUUCCACAAGUGUCUCCAACAGAAUUUUUAUGUCCCAGCUUAUGUAAAAUAGAAGUGAAAUAUUAAGGAAAAAUAGAUUUAAGGGAAACUUGUACAACUUUUUUUUUAAGCAUUAUUCUCCAUUUAAUUUAUUGAGAGGAGAUGCUGCUGUAAAUCUUGAUUUAGCAGCAACCAUUCUUUUGUUUACAUAGAGUUGUGGUUUUAUUUGUUGUUUUGCUCUGUACUGGAAACAUAAAUAAAGUUUUCUACAUUAUUUUCGGUCAA